AUGUCGCCCAUCUCCGUCUUCCGCGUCGCGACCCGCGCCGUCCGCCCUUCCGGCUUCAUCAGAGCUGCUCAAUUGCCCCGUCCCCGGGUCCAGGCCCCCGUUGCUCUGGCUAUCGCCCGUCCCAGCUUCAGCACCUCCGCUAAGCGCUUCGGCGGUCACCACGAGGACGAGACAUACGAGGAGUUCUCUGCCAGAUUCGAGAAGGAAUUCGACGGUGUUCAGGAUGUCUUCGAGCUCCAGCGUAAUCUCAACAACUGCUUCGCCUACGAUCUCGUUCCCUCCGUUGAGGUCCUCACCGCUGCUCUGAAGGCUGCUCGUCGCGUCAACGACUACCCCACCGCUGUCCGGAUCUUCGAGGGUGUCAAGGCCAAGGUCGAGACCCAGGAGCAGUACAAGCAAUACCUCGAGGCCCUUGAGGGUCUCCGCCAGGAGCUGGGUGUUGCUCUCCGUGAGGAGCUCUACCCCGAGGAGGCAUAAACGGCACGUCCCGACAUAUAUCUCGUCAUGUUUCAUUUUGCUCCUUCCCCCGUCAAUUGUGAUAGGAAAGCUGUAUACAUACUCUAGAGUGCAGUUGGAAUCGAUUGAAGUCGCUGAUCUAUUCGGUGGGCCGUCUCUGAUUGACGCCAUCUGCUCCCGACUUCCUGACUGUCUGGGGGUGGAAUGGAGGUGCACGCGUGCUUUUCUAUACCAGUGCUACUAUAAAUUUUGUGAGCAUUUAUCUGUACUCUGUAUUAUUGGUGAUAGUGCGGAAAAUAAGAGGGUGUCAUUUUCUUUUCC